AUGGGACGUAGGCAGUAUUCUGGUAAAAAAAAGAAAAAUGAUGAGUUUAUAGAUUGGACUCAAGUACCACGAAGGAAUGAAAGACUUGAAAAGUAUUAUAAGCUUCAAGCGCUCGUGUCAGAUGAUGAAUUUGAAAGUUUGAUGCAAAAACUUGCUGAACCUUUGCCGACUACGUUUCGUAUUUCCUCUUGUAACCAACAUGCCACUCAAGUCCGGGAUCACUUCAUAAAGCAUUACUAUCCUCUAAUUGAGAACGUGGAAGUUGAAGGUACAAAGAUUUCACCCCCAGUUUUGCUACCAUGGUAUCCUAAUCAGAUGGCUUUCAUGCUGGAUAUCCCAAAGACUAUUAUUCGAAAAAGUCCUCCCUUAAAGCUUCUUCAGCAAUUCUUAGUUUUAGAGACCGAGGCCGGUGAUAUCAGCAGACAAGAAGCUGUAAGUAUGAUUCCUCCUCUUUUCCUUCAUGUGAAAAGCCAUCAUAAAGUUCUUGACAUGUGUGCUGCUCCUGGCUCUAAAACUGCCCAGCUUCUAGAGGAGCUUCAUACACCUGCGGAUGGCAAAGAAACAUUCGAAAGUCUGCUUCCUUCUGGUAUAGUGGUUGCAAAUGACGCUGAUAACAAACGAGCUCACAUGCUUAUUCACCAAAUCAAGAGAUUGAACUCUCCAAAUGUAUUAAUCGUCAAUCAUGAUGCAUCUUUCCUGCCUCAUUUCCAUGUUGAAGUAGAUGGCCCCAACGGAAAAGAAAAAUCUUUCUUAAAAUUUGACCGCAUUUUGGCUGAUGUUCCAUGUUCUGGCGAUGGCACAUUUCGCAAAAACAUCUCCCUUUGGAGUGAUUGGACACUAAAGACUGCUCUUGGUCUACAUUCUACCCAAAUAAAGAUUUUGAAACGUGGUAUCGAUCUACUGGCUAAUUCUGGUCGUCUUGUCUAUUCUACUUGCUCGAUGAAUCCAAUUGAAAAUGAAGCUGUCGUUGCUGCCGUUUUAAAAGCAAGCAAAGGUUCGGUUAGAUUAAUAGAUGUAAGUGAUGAAAUACCCGAGUUGAAAAGAAGCCCUGGUGUAAAGAGCUGGACCGUGUGUGACAGUGACUUGAACACUUAUUCUUCAUUCGAAUCCGUUCCUAAAGAUUUAAAUGGAAAAAUGGCCAAAUCUCUCUGGCCAUUACCCGAAGAAGAACUCACGCAAAUGGGAAUUGAAAGAUGCAUGAGAGUGUACCCUCAUCAUCAAAACACUGGUGGCUUUUUCGUAGCCGUAAUAGAAAAGUGUGACAACUCAGAGGUUUCAUUAAAGAAAGACAUUCCGGAGCAAGAGAAUUCGGACGAAGCAGGUAAAAAAGCAGAAGUUGAGCAACCUUUGCUAAAGAAGCAAAAAUCUUCCAAAUUUGAAAAAAGAUUAGUGUCCGCAGAACAUCGAGCUUUAAAAGCUGGAAAUAAAUACCAUGAACUAGACCCUUUCGUUUAUAUUAAAGAAAAUGACGAACUGCUGGAUAAUAUCUACGAGUCGUUCAAAAUGAAUGAUAACCAUCUGAAAAAAGAUCUAUUUUUUGUUCGAAAUCUUGAGGGAACAAUAUCUCGUGCUGUAUACGUCUCUAACAGUUUGUUCAAAAAUAUAAUUGAGAGUAAUCGAAACCGAGUGAAAUUUGUACAUGGGGGCCUAAAGAUUUUUGUGAAACAAGAUUUUGGAAGCUUAUCUAAGGAAGUUGCCAAGGAUACCAAUGUUUGUGUUUUCCGUGUUCAAAGUGAUGGAUCUAGACUUGCAAGUCAUUGUAUCAGCAGAGACUGUGUUUUGACCACCAAUCUCUCAGAUUUGAUGAUUUUCUUAGACCAUGUAGCUGUUUCGAUGGAUAACUUCCCAGAGGACAGUAUUUUCAGAAAGCAUUUUGAAAAGCUUCCUUUAGGUAAUACCCUUCUUUACGUUGAUCUAAAAAAAGAGCAUAGCUUUAUCAAAAAAGACGUCUAUAUUCCUCUCUGGAAAAGUGUUCGCAUGUGCAAUGUCAUGAUUUCGAAUGCUGAAAAAAGGACAUUAAAAUUACAGAUUGAGGGACCCAGAAUCGAAGAUCAAACUGCAUCGACUGAGAAAAGUACUUAA